GAAGUGACUUAUGCUUGAAUUCAACAUUUCAAUUUUUCAAUCCAAUAGCUAUAGGACCCAUUUGAGGUUGCUAUGAUCCAAGUAAAUGUUCCCUACUAAACUAAACCAUCUUCACUAAUUCAACCAAUUCAUCAAUCUUUCUACUUUUUGUUUAGAAUCUUGUUGAAUCCAAGAAAACUUUAUCAUUGAUGCAAAAAAGAUGGAUCUUGAAGAUGAAGGGUGGGUGAGUGUUCCUUAUGAUGGGCUUCUUGAAGUCCAUGAUGAUGGAGAUGAGAAGAUCUUCUCAAGAAAAUAUGUCAAGAGUCCCACAAAAGUUUACAAACAAAAUUACUUCGACGCCUCACACGCGUCCCAAGAUUACGCCGAAGAUGAACCCGUACUUGAAAAGCAAUUUGAUGACAAAGAAGAGGUCAAAGAAAUCAUCAAACUCCCAAUUUUGAUCACGGGGCGUAAAGAUACUUCACUUGAGCAUCUGCUUGAGCCUGAGUCUGAACCUAAGCCUGAUCCCGAGUUAAAUCAAGAUCAGAUCUUUCAAGUUUUCUCAAAGAAAGAAAACAAGUACGUCGAAAUGAAAAUGGGUUCCCCGAAUUCUCAAGAAUUUGAACUGUCUCGUACUGAAACGGGCCCAUUUCAGUACGAGGAAAAGAAAGAUAAUUGUUCACCAAACAUGAUCAAGAAAGAAGUGGUUAUUUGGAAAGAAAGUAAUGAAAGAUUAAUGAACCUUUGGAAGUGGGGUUUAAAUGGGAUUGGUGGCUUUUGUUCUCUUGGCAUGACUGCUGCUACCAUUUGUAUCAUCAUGUAUGUCAAUGGCAAAAGGCACAAACAAAAAAAGAAGCUUAAAUUUCAGAAUUACCCAGAUAACAAGAGGAUAAAUCAAGUGGUGCAAAAAGCAAAUGAAGCAAUGUCAGCAGUGAGAGGGGUUCCUUUAGUCAAUGCUCAAAUCACUCAUGGUGGACACUAUGAAAGUCUCUAGAGACCAACUUGGUAUCCUAAUAUCUUGAUAUAUAUAUAUAUAUAUAUAUAUAUAUAUAUAUGUAUGUAUUUUAAAGAAGUAAUGUUUGUGAAAUCUUAUAUAGUAAAUUAUAUGUGUACAUGUACUUGUAUUGUUUAAUUUCUCGAUGAUGAGAUGAAUCACUCCAAUAUAUUAA